AGAGAGAGGGGGAGCGAGAGAGAGAGAGAGAGAGAGAGAGAGUAAAAGAAAGGAGGGAGGAUAGAAUAGAAUAGUAGGUGAAGGGGGCGAGGCGGAGGCAUCAGAAGACAGAAGCGCCGGCCGAUGACGACGAUGGAUAAUCCACCAACCAAAAAGAAGAAAGGUCGUCCUUCUCUCUUGGAUCUCCAGAAACGCGCCCUCCUCCAACAACAGCAGCAGGACCAAACCCCAAACCCUCGCCGUCUAUCCACUCGCCGGAACCCUACUCCUCUCGGUUCAUCCCCGCCGUCCAAUUCCCUCUCCGAUGCCGACGCCGACGACGAGCGCGCAAAGAAGAAGCACAAGCCCCUCCUCGCUUUUAAUCCCAAUUCGGCUCCGACAUUGUCGCCCUUUAAUUCGGGCCCCUUCGGCUCCGAUUCGAACGCGGGUGGUGAGGAUCCGGGGGCCGCUCUCAAGAUCAGCACCUUCCAUCACGGAUCUAAUCAUAUGAGCCAAGAAGAGAUUUUGAAAGCGACGGACAGUAGUAGUAUAUUACAUGGGUCGCAGGUUGAGUCCGGUCCCACGACACCUUUGCCAGACAAAAAGUUGUUGGUGUUCAUCCUUGAUAGGCUUCAAAAAAAGGACACUCGCGGGGUGUUCUCUGAGCCUGUUGAUCCAGAAGAGCUUCCUGAUUAUCACGAAAUCAUUCAAAACCCAAUGGAUUUUGGAACUGUGCGGACAAAACUAGAUCAGGGAGCUUACUCCAGUUUGGAACAGUUUGAGAAAGAUGUGUUCUUGAUAUGUUCAAAUGCAAUGGAGUAUAAUGCACCAGACACUAUUUACUUUCGACAGGCACGAUCUAUACAAGAGCUCGCAAAAAAGGACUUCGAAAAUUUGAGGCAAGUGAACGAAGAUGGUGAUCCGAAACCAAAAAUUGCGAGGAGAGGCAGGCCACCUGGCAAGAGCAUGAAAAAGUCAAUUGAAGGAUCUCCUGUUGAUCGUGUAGGUCCUCAAAUUGUAUCUGAAACUACUCUUGCUUCUGGAGGAGAGAAUUCUAACUUAUCCGGCACAUAUAAUCUAAGACGGCCUGCUCCCCAUAAGUUCAGGUCUUCUGAUGCCUUAAAUAUGGCCCCCCAUGGGUAUCUUAGUGGUGAAACUGGUGCUAGUUGGUUGCCUGGUUGGGAGAAUGAAUUUCCAGCUUCGGUAUUGAGGAGUGAUCUGAAGUAUGGAAAGAAACAUUUUACUGUAGAUGAGAAUAGACGUGACACUUAUACACAAGCUCUGGCUUCAGGCGAUGAACCAUCUAUCUUUUCUGGUUGUGAAGGAGAAUGGAAGCAACUUGUGGCGGUAGGUCUACAAUUUGAGCAUGGAUAUGCAAGGAGUCUAGCUCGAUUUGCUGCAAAUCUUGGACCCAUUGCUUGGAAGGUUGCUUCAAAGAAAAUUGGAAGUGUUUUGCCUAGUGGAAUCAAGUUUGGUCCGGGAUGGAUUGGAGAAAAUGAGACAUCAAGGUUGCCACAGUUUUCAAUCUGUGAGAGGGAACAGAGGGUUCAAAGCAACCCUGCAUCUGAUGACCACUCAGACAGACUUCUACCUCGAAAUACAUUAUGCUCAAAAUCUGUUGUUCCAAAUAGAUUUUCGCUACAAAGUGGUGUUAACGUAGAAAGUAGGAGACAAUUGAGUUCCCAUAAUGAAGCGGCAUCAGUUGACAAUGGUGCGUGUGGGAUAAGACCUGUGCCUCCUUUCCCGGUUCAGCAGAAUUUCACAAAUCACUCUGGGAUGUCAUCUUCAACUGACAAAUCAGUGCCUUCUCAAAUGCUCAGCAAGGCCUCCGAGAGCAACGCCAUCAUCCAUCAAAUGCCUAUCAAGCAUAUUGCUUCAGAGGAAGCCAAAUUGCCAGAAAUUUCAAGUGGAUCGAGAUCUAGCCAUCUGCUUGGUGGGGAAGCAUCCUGGCACGGGUCAUCAUUACACAAUAAACAGGUUUCUUAUUCAUUCCCCUCUGACUUGAACGUCAAACUGGGUGCACCCGGCUCACCUCAAAUCGGUCUGCAACAGCAGCCGGAUUUAGCUUUGCAGCUUUGACUACCGUGAGGGUGCCGGAGGCGCGUAUAUAGACAAAAAGUAGUAGGGAUUAAUGAAUUACAUUAGCACAUCAGGAUUCUUUUCCCCUUUGUUUUAAUCUCCCUUUCGUUCUAAUUAAAAAUUAUUAUGAAGGUCGUUCUCUGAUUGCCGCAAGGAAUCAUUACCAGUUAAAAGUGGUAGGGAAAAGAUUUUGUACAGAUUAAUCAUUUUUAUUUUAAAAUUUUAUUGGUUUAGCAAUUUAAUCCAAUGUGGAUGUACAUUGGUAAUUUAGUAUGGGUUUGUUGAAUUGUGACUCAGAUAUGGAGGAGUACCCUGAUUGUUAGAUCCCGUUAUGUCUACGGGAGAAUUAGACAUCGAGUAUAAGCUUCUGUAUAAGCACUGUUGUUGAAAUUUUAUUUUUUGGGACCGGAAACGGGAAUGAUAAACACACAUUUUCGUCU